AUGGCAGACCAAUCGUCCAGCUCGAGCCCUGCGGAGGGUAUCGCACUCGCCGCUCGCCGGGCAUUCGAAGCGUCCCAGCUCGUAGACCCCUCCGAGCGGAAUAUCGCCCUCGAGGCGAUCAGGCGGGUACUACAGGAGAAGAAGGCGGAGGUGCUCGAGGCGAACCAGAAGGACAUGGAGGCCGCCCGGACCCAAGUCGAAGCUGGUAAACUCUCCCCGACCCUCUUAUCCCGGCUAGACCUCUCCCGUCCGGGCAAGUUCGAAGCGAUGUUACGGGGUAUAUCGGAUGUCGCGGCCUUACCGCUCCCUACGGGUCAGGUGACAUUUGCGAAGGAGCUGGGACCGGGAUUGGAGCUGCAUAGGGUGACGUGCCCUAUUGGGGUGUUGUUGGUUAUAUUCGAGGCGAGGCCGGAGGUGGUGGUCAAUAUUGCCGCGUUGGCUAUCAAGAGCGGAAACGCCGCCAUCCUCAAAGGCGGCAAAGAAUCCCUACACACCUCCGGCCUCCUCUCCGCCCUCAUAUCCUCCGCUCUCGCCCCCACCCCCAUCCCCCAAACCUUCAUCCAGUCCGUCUCGUCCCGCGCCGACAUCCAGGGCCUGCUGUCCCAGGAUCGGUAUAUCGAUCUGGUGAUGCCAAGAGGAGGGAACGAGCUGGUGACGAGUAUCAAGAACUCGACAAGGAUACCGGUGAUGGGCCAUGCGGAUGGGAUAUGCGCGGUUUAUGUGGAUGAAAGCGCGAGGGAGGGGACGGCGGUGAGGGUGGUGGUGGAGAGUAAGACCGAUUACAUGUCAGCUUGUAACGCCGCCGAGACGCUGCUACUACACCAAUCCAUCCUGCCCACUCUUUGGCCCAAAAUCGCCGCGGCUCUCAUCGCCGCAUCCGUCACCCUCAAAUGCGACCCCCCAUCCCUCUCGGCCCUCUCAUCCCUGUCUUCCGAGCUCAUCACCCCCUCGUCGCCUGAGGACUACACGACCGAGUUCCUCGGCCCUACUCUUGCGGUCCUCACCGUCCCCUCCACCGCCGCCGCCAUACAACACAUCAACGCUCACUCUUCCCACCAUACCGACUCGAUCAUUACCGAAUCGGAAGCUUCGAUGUCGGCCUGGGUCCGCGGGCUGGAUAGCGCGAAUGUGUACGUCAAUGCGAGUACGCGGUUUGCGGAUGGGACGAGGUAUGGGCUGGGGACGGAGGUCGGAAUUAGCACGGGCAAGACACAUGCUCGAGGACCGGUGGGGCUGGAGGGACUGUGCAUUUACAAGUACGUCCUCAGGAGUAAAGCCGAAACAGGGAGCACAAUUGGCGAUUAUGAGGGCAAGGAUGGCGCGGGAUACAGCCAUAAAGAUCUACAAUGGGGCGAAGCUCCGUUUUAG